CCAAUUGCCAUUCGCAGUUCUUUGUUGUUGGUUGUAUAUGAAUGUUAAAAUAGCAAAGUUGAAACUACUGUUAUUUUAUUCGAUCUGCCCGACAAUAAAUUUAUAAAGAGUUCUCCGUGGUGACUGGCAAAGUCUACAUCAGAUAUAUUCAUGUUGCUGUGGGUUUUAUUACGGGAAAACCGUAGUGCGUUGCAUUUAUUUAAAUUGCAAAAUUCAUUUUCUCUCGAAGUGUUGUGGGAAAAGUUUAUGAUUUUAAUAUUAUAGUUCAUUAUUCACGCGGUCACUAUGUUGAUCGCGCCAGCAAACUCGCGGUCUAGGGCUAACGAAAGAAGGGCAAAACCCUACUGCAAAUGCUGGAACAAAAAAACACCGGUUCUUUGGAAGCAGUUAAGAGCCUGCAGUUGCGGGGAAGACAAUGAUGUGACUGAAUGGCGAUGGUCGACUCCAGACAGUAGCUCUAGUUGGGUAGUAAUUAGCGAAGACAGAAAGCAAGUCACCUUCCACCCUUUCUACAGUUCGGGCACAGCUGCUGCUAAAGGAGAUACACCAUUGCUGCACAACUACCACUACUACUGGGAAGUGAAAAUACUUACGGACACAUAUGGCACAGAUAUUAUGGUAGGACUGGGCACUAAUAAAGUGGACACGGCGGAAUCUCAAUUCAAGUUUACAUCUCUCCUCGGUCGAGAUGAAGAGUCAUACGGGUUAUCCUACACGGGCGCCGUGCGACACAAUGCAAUGGUCGCCCAGGAGUCCGCCGGUUUCUGCCGCGGGAGCAUCGUGGGUGUGCGAGUGGACUUGUGGCGAGGCACUCUCGAGUUCUACCUGAACAGGAAGCCGCUAGGCAUAUCGUUCUACAACCUGCGCCGCCACCAGGCGCUGUACCCCAUGGUGUGCUCGACGGCGGCGCAGUCGUCCAUGCGGCUCAUCUACGCGGCGUCGUGGCGCGCGUCGCUGCUGGUGGACGCGGCCAAGGUGCUGGCCUCCUCGCCGCCGGCCGACGGCGACCGCCGCCUGCGCCUGCCGCCCGGCCUGUGGUACACCUUCCGCUCGCAGUUCUGGCUCACGCUGCCUUCCGAAGGAGGACAGUCGGACGACGAAAGUGAAAAGGACGAAUCAGCUGGCACUGAAGCUGUGAAAAUGACGAAAAGUAUGGUUCUCUCGACGGAUGAGUCACAGUUCCUUCGAUUCUCUCCUCAAAUUUCACCAGAAAGGUCCUUGUCAAAAUUAAAACUAUCUGGAGAGGAUGACUUUGAAGACGAAUUAGAGAAAGAUGAGCAGCUGCUUGAACUGAACGACAAUCUACGUGACAGCUCUUGCAAGCUGCAACGCGAAAAACUAAACUGCUAAACGAGGUCGUUCCGGAUCAGUUCGUGAACGGUUACUACGUGGACAGCGUCGAACCCGACUAUCGGAUCGUCGUGUGGGAGUAAAG